AUCGAUCAUAUAUAAAAUGAUUUUCUCACAAAUACAAAAAAAAAAAAAACCAUAAAUAUCCUAAAUUAAAGUAGCUAUUUAGCAACAAAAAAAUAAAAAAAUAAAAAAAAAUAGUAAAUAAAUAAAUAAAAGAAAAAGAAGAGAAACGUUAAGAUGAUUUUUAAACCAUUUGAGAAUUUUGAAAUUAAUGAUUUUAUUUUAUCAUUCUUUACAAUAUAUGUAGUAUAUUAUUAUUAUAAAUAUUUUACUCGUAUUAAUCCCUUACCUGGCCCUUUCCCAUUACCAUUAAUUGGGACUUUUCAUUAUCUUAUUUGGUUUAGAUGGAUUAAAAAAGAUACCACAAUGUUUUUUAAAUUUUGUUACGAUAAAUAUGGUGAUAUAUAUGAGAUUAAUAAUACUAUGCGAAUUAUAGUUUUGUGUCGAUCAGAAUAUUUUGAAGAUUUAUCAACAACAAAAAGUAAACUUGAGAUGAGAUGUCCAGAUUAUGAAGGAUUAAAAGAAUUGGGAGUUGUAGGAAAAGGAAUAACGUACAAUAAUAAUUUUAAGUCGUGGACAUUUAAUCGUCAUUUUUUUAAUCAAGCCAUUUUGUCACCGAAAUUCACUAACGAGGUUAUUGAUUGGACAAACGAACUUUUCAAUGAAUUAGAAAGUUAUUGGGAUAGAUUAUUUCUUAAAGAAGAAAUUAUUAAAGAAAAUAAAAACAAAUUGAAUUUUAUUCAAUGGUUUAGUCAUUAUAAAAAUGAUAUGAUUAUUAAAUUAUUGACUGGUGAAAGAUCUUAUUCAAUGGAAGGUUAUUUUAUUACUCUUAAUAAUAAAAUAUCUGAUCAUCAAUCAACAAGAAUCAAAGAAUCUGUGAAAUUAUUUCAAGCAAUUUAUAAAUUUCAAAUAGGUUAUUUCAUCUUUUUCGUAUUUCCUUCUUUUUUACGACAUCAUAUUCCAUUUUUUAAAAAUAUGGCGAAUGAUAUACUUCAAAAAUUAGAUUUUAUCAAUCAAAAAUUGGAUGCAGUUAUUAAGAGACGUAGACAAGAAAUUGAAGAUAUACCAUUGAAUGAACCCUUACCUAAUGAUAUAUUGACAUCAAUGAUUAUCAAAAAUACACUUCGUGAUGAUAAUUAUAUCGAAACUGGUGCUAAUAGAAUUAUGCCUGACAGUGAAAUUCGCGUCAAUUUACUCGAUGGAAUUAUUGGUGGCACUUAUAAAGUAAAUUUUUAAAUAAUUUUUAAAUAAUUUUAAAUUUUUAAAAUUUAAAAUAAAUGC